AUGAAUAAAUCAUUUUCUCAAUCCAAAUCAGCCAAUCAGAAACAGAUAAAGGCAUUGAUUUCGAAAGUUUCAUCAGGCCGGAGUACUGCCAUUGAUAGAAAUUUAGUUGAUCAAUGCAUUAAUUACGCAAAAAAUCCAAAUGAUACAGCAUGUGUUUUCCAAACAAUAUUUGCUGAAGUAGAUAAAAACGCAUCGCAUCAAUUUGCUAUUAAUAAGCUUCUUUAUAUUCUCCAAUCAAUAGCAAACCUGAGAGAUCCUCAAAUCAACACCUUACUCAGGCAACACCUUGCAGAACUUCAUUCAAUUACAAUGCUAUCAUUCGAAGACAAAAAAGCAACUCUCAGGAAAAAUAUCCAUCAAAGUGCACAGAGUUUAUUUGAUUUCAUCGCUAAUGAUAAGCAAUUUAAUGAUGAAGCAUUCAAUGUCGCUACACAUAUGACAUUUGUUAAGCCAAUUUCGGAAGAACCAAAACCAUCCCAACCUACAAACGAUGGCGGACUAAUUUGGAUGGAUAAUUCAGAUGAUGAAGUCCAAAAACCAGAAUCUCAACCACAAUCUCAAGAAUCUCCAAAGAAUGUUAAUGAUGAGCAUCAGAAUGCAGAAGAAGAACCACAAUUGGGUCCAGAUCCAUUUGAUGAUUUCGUUGGUUACGAUCCGUUUGAAAACUUUGUUGUACCUGAAAAUUUUUCAACGAAAUUAGAAUUAAAGUCAAAUCAAUCAGUAAGUUUGACAUUCUGA